CAUAGCAGCUUUGAGGGGCUUAACUGCAGUGCCAGUUUUGUAUGUUGAAAAAUUGUUUCUAGAUCUGGCACUGUUUGGGCAAACUACAGUUCAUUCAGGAAAACAAACUCAACGGCAGGCAAAACCAUUGGGUGAAAAUACGCGAUGCCACUGCACUGAGCUGUGUCAGCUCUCAGGCCACUGCAGCUGCCCGCAUCUUCUAGGGCUUCGUGUUGAGCGUCGAGCAGAAGAGAGGUGGGCAUUGCCUGCACCCAUGGAUGUUUUAGACCUCCUGUUCUAGCUGCGGCCCCUGUUAACGCGUUGACCCUCAGUGCCACCCCGUCAGGCAAAUGCUGGGGGCUGACGUGCAGCUCCGAGAGGGAUCCGAGCGCCCAGGAGAAUGGCCGGCCAAAAGGGAAGGCCAAAAACACACAUGGCAGGGCUGGCUGCCUGGCUGGGCAGGGGAAGAGUUCCUCUCUCUCAGCUGUUUUUCUCACUUUCCCUUUAUCGGUGUGAGUGAUACUGAUGCUGCCAGGGUGCCCCCAGAUGCUCCCCGGGGGCUGGCGCAGCUGGCUGGAUGGUGGGACCUGAACUGAAGCUUUUUGUCUCCAGGGGCAAGAGCGACCACGGAGGAGCCCCUGCUUCGGGGCUGGCUCAUGCGAGCUGCGGGGGGAGCGGGCAGGCUUGGACCCUGGGCGUCCCCCUGCUCAGCCUGCCCGCUCUGGCCGAGCGUCACCUUCUUCCUUGGGCAACAUUUGAGAUGAAGGCGCUGGGGAUUUUUCUGUAGAUGGGCGAGGGCUUGAGUCAAGCAGGAAGCUGUGACGCAGGUUAUGGGCUGGGUCUGAGGUUUUGGAAACCUUUUCUAUGCGCCGCGCUCCUGGCCCCACUGUAUAUCUUGCGUGUGAAGCCGCGGCGAAGGCUGGCAAUGCAGGCCAAGAUGCAGCUCCUGAUCGGGUGCAACGGGAGGAUUUUCGUGGCUCUCUGUAUAAUCCUCUUUGUGGGAUACACGGCGCAAGGUGCGCCGCUGCAGAAGGCAAGCUACAAGCGGGUGAGGUGCAGGCCGGACACCUGGUCGGCCAACUGCAUUGAGGAGAAAGGGCCUUGGUUUUAUAUCCCUGAAGGUGGAGCCAACCGCAUCCUGCCUCCCAUGGCUGAUCCCUCUCUGAUGAAGGACUACCAGGAGCUGGCCCGUAUGUUCCCGCUUUCGGAAAAGGAGUCAGGCUCCGGGUUCGAGGACGUGGCUGAAGCGGAGCAGGAGUCCGGUUCGGGGGCUGACUUUGGUGUCGAUUACCCCAGCCUGAAGUUCCCUGACUUCUUGGUGGGCCAGCAAAAAAGCAAGCUGAAGCAGACGCUCACAGAGGAGGAUUUAAUUCUGUAGAGGAGAAAAGAAAACUUGGCCCUCAUCGUAAAGAUUGUGACUAUUCUUGUCUUCCGCAUGUCUUCUCUGGUGUACGACCGAAUGUGAUUACUCUCAGGACAAAAGAGUUUUAUACGAGUUCCAAAUCAAUAAAAACUGCCUUACACUUUCUA